UGUGUUCGCUGAGUUGCGUUAACCUACGAUUUUAACUUGCGCGAGAGCGAGACCUUUUAAGAACAGUUUAUCACGUCCGCCCUCCUGGGUUCAUUAUUUAAAACAUGUAAAAUGUGUAGUUAAUGGAUACGACCAAGUGAUCUUCAGUGCUCGUGUACUGAAACGAAAAAAUCGCAUUCAUAGAAUAAAGAUAAGUCAAAUAAUAAAGUCAGUAAUAAAAUGUCGGAAUUGCGAAAGAGAACCGCCGUGGGCGAAACGUCAGGUGUUAGUGGUGAUACCAGCGAGGACCAGAGAGAGGACGUUGAAUCCGAAGACGAUGGAAAGCUCGAAGUCGAUGAAUUGGUUAAAACUCUCCCUCAAGGCACUGAUCACACCCCGAGUAUUCUUGGAAAUGUACUUUCCGGCUUGCCCGAGCGCUGGAAAAAUUGGGUCAUCCGUGGUAUUUUCACGUGGCUGAUGAUUGGAGGGUUUGGUCUUAUUAUUUAUGGGGGCCCUUUAGCACUGAUGGUCACAACUUUAGUCGUACAAGUGAAAUGUUUUGAGGAAAUCAUUAACAUUGGAUAUGCUGUGUACAGGAUCCACGGAUUACCGUGGUUCAGGUCAUUAUCCUGGUAUUUUCUUAUAACAUCAAAUUAUUUCUUCUACGGAGAGAAUCUGAUGGAUUAUUUUGCUGUGGUCAUCAAUAGAACAGAUCUGUUGAGGGUGUUGGUGACUUAUCAUCGAUUUAUAUCUUUUUGCUUGUACAUUGUGGGAUUCGUUUGGUUCGUUUUAUCACUGGUAAAGAAGUAUUACAUGAAGCAAUUCUCUCUGUUUGCGUGGACCCAUGUGGCGCUUUUAAUUGUCGUCACACAGAGUUAUUUAAUCAUACAAAAUAUAUUCGAAGGACUAAUAUGGUUCAUUGUACCAGUAAGUAUGAUUGUGAUAAAUGAUGUUAUGGCGUACGUCUUUGGUUUCUUCUUUGGGCGAACGCCUCUGAUAAAAUUGUCACCGAAAAAGACGUGGGAGGGAUUCAUUGGCGGCGGUAUCUCAACUGUCGUACUCGGAUUAUUGAUGUCGUACGUUCUGUGCCAAUAUCGCUACUUUGUCUGCCCGAUUGAGUACAGUGAAACUUUGGGGAGGAUGACAAUGGAUUGUGAACCUUCUAGUCUUUAUCGACCACAGGAAUAUCCUAUUCAUAGUAGUUUACAGAUUAUAACUAAAGUGUUUGGAAAGAAAACAGUUACUGUUUAUCCAUUCUUGCUUCAUUCUCUAUCAAUGUCGGUGUUCAGUUCAGUAAUUGGUCCAUUCGGAGGAUUCUUCGCCAGCGGAUUUAAACGUGCAUUCAAAAUUAAGGAUUUUGGAGAUGUUAUCCCCGGUCACGGCGGUAUAAUGGAUAGAUUCGACUGUCAGUACCUGAUGGCAACAUUUGUCAAUGUAUACAUUUCUUCAUUCAUUCACACAGCAUCACCCCAAAAAUUGUUGCAAGCAGUUUAUAGUUUGAAGCCUGAACAGCAGCUACAAUUGUUUACAGCACUUCGUGAUUCACUAGAGCACAGGGGUCUCUUGAAUUUCACAGCACCUUAAGUCCCAGUUAUUCCUGCCUGGUGGAAGAUUCCAAAAGAUCUGCGAUGAAUUAGAUUUCCUCUAUUAUUUGGUAAUAAUCAAAGAGAUGAGCGUUCAAUUUUCCUGAUUAUUCCUGUCGUCGAACGACGAGCAAAUCAUUCCAUAGUUUGACCGCAGUGGCGAAUUAUUUUCAUAAUUCUGGAAUACUGCGUCUAUUCUCUCCAACUACCUAAGUAGUUGAUUUGAUUUUGUCUCUGUUCGAUCUCAUUGUCGAUCGUUUGUUUAUUUUUGCAUGUAAAUAGUUCAUGAAUCUCGAUGUCUUAUGAUUUAUUAGGAGCCCUUACAACUACAGUCAUUGACAGUUUCGUCUGGUCAAUGGAAGUCUGCAUUUUAGAGACUUGGAUGGGAUAAUCAAUUGCAAAAUGGAAAUACUUAGACUUGACCAAAGAUAAAUUCAUACAGCAUUUCCCCUCCUUUUCUAAUUUCUACCUAUGAUAAAAUCGUCUCUUCCUCGUUUAUGUUAUUCCAACUAUUCUAAUUCACAUCACAGAACGAUCAAAGUUAAUAAGAAAUAUAAGACGACGAAACUUAUUUACUUAAUUAUUUUUUAAAAGUCAAUCUCCAUUUUUUUUCUCAAACCGUCUUGUCAGGGAGAUACGGAAAAUAUGUAAAGAAAUGUAUCUACAUUUCCCGUUUAUGAAAAAUAAUCAAUGAGUCAAUGCAAACUAGACAUGGAUAUGGCCAAGCGCUGUUAGUAAUAGCCUCAAAAAAAGAGUAAAUAAAUUUUCAAAACUGGGAAUAUGAAUAUGAUAGCCUUGUGUGUUUUCAGUGCCAUAAAUGUAUACAGGUGUGUAAUAACUAUUAUCAAGCACGACAGCAUUGACGAAAGACAAAAGAGAAGAAUGAAUGGUUAGACAGUAUCAUUGAAUUGUGGGGAAUUCUAAUUUGCAAUAAACUGUAAAAAAGAGAUGAGUCAUGAAGUGCUUUUCACGGAAUUUUCCAAAUAUUUUUGAACGAACGCGGCAGAAGCAAUUCAGCAAGAGACUAUUUAUUGCAGAAACUUGUAUACGCUAUAAAGAAGAUCCUUUGACCGAUUAGUCAAAAUCUGUUAGUUUCGAAAAUGCUGACUCAAUCAUGUGCAAGAAAUUUUAGGAUUUAUUCUUUUCCAUUACAGUGCCACAAAAAUUAGAAGAAACUUGCUGUUAAAAUCGUAAAUUGAUCUACUUCUUCCUCAUAUAUUACUUCAAUCGUUGUUUAUAGUAGACUUUGCCCAGGUACUUUGAGUGUAUGACCUACAACAGAGGAAAAUUCAAUUGACUGCUUAUUUAACAGGAUAAUUUCAUUGACCAAUUCUAUUGGAAUCAUCGUUUUACAAUCUGCCUGGGUGUACAGUAGCGAUAAUUUUCACUUUUUUUGUUAGAUUUUGUUUUACAUUGUCGGACAAAGUUAGUUUCGUCAAUCAAAAUGCUUUCAACAAUUGAUGUGUAUUCGUUCAAGUUUUGUGAUGACAAAGGACUUUAGAGUGUAUAUGAAAGGGAGGAUUAAUGGGGAAGUGAUGCUGUAUGGCUGAAUGAUCACGGGAAGUAUCUUAAGGCUUAAAGUACCUUAAUAUAGCAUAUAUAUAUAUAUACUCUAUAUAUUUAUGUAGGAACAGAGACAGAAUAAAAAUAUUAUAAUACAAAA